AUGAACACAACAAGCUUUGCAAGUGAGAUUAGCUGCAGCGCUAGAUUCUCCUUGGAAUCAGGUACGAUCCUUAUUUGUCUGAACAGUCUCUCCAGCGCGUUUUGCCUAUUCGGAAAUGGUAUUGUUUUGAUCGCGAUCUAUCAAACAACAACACUGCAAACUGUAUCAAACUUUUUCAUCGCUUCCUUGGCCGUCGCUGACGUGUCCGUGGGCCUGUUGAUGAAUCCGAUACUGAUUUCAAAAGUUGCGCUGGAUCGGUGGCAAGGGAAUCAUUGGUUAUCAAAAUUGGCAGAUUUUAUGUGGAUUCAAAGCACAACAAGCACCACAUUUAAUUUAUGCGCAGUUAGCAUUGACAGAUAUGUGGCUAUCACGUCUGUGUUCAAGUACCACAGGAUUAUGACGCGCAGAAAAUGCUAUGUAGCAUUGACUGUCAUCUGGCUCUUUUCCUUCAUAUUUGGCUCAGUAAGACUUACCAUCAAUAACCCGGCUAGACUGCCAAGGCUUUGGAUUUCAACGACGAUCCUAACAGUUAUCGUCCCCCUGUUUUUAAUCGCAUUUUGCUAUCUGCAAAUAUACUAUGUAGCAAGAGCGCAGUGCAAAAAGAUCGCGGAACGUAAAUUAAGCGCCGAAGAGGCGCGAAUAUCCGCCAAAAACCGCAAAGCCGCUUGGACGGCGGCCAUAAUUAUUUCAUUGUUCGUAGUCAUGUGGAUACCAAGUUUCAUUGCAUCCUGUUUAGAACUUACAACAGUUGAUCGUUGUAAGAAAUUGCGAAUUGACUUUGCGUGGUUCUGGCUCGCCUUUUUAUGUUUUUGCUCGUCAGCGAUAAAUCCCUGGGUCUAUACCAUAAGAGUACCAGAGUUUAAAAAUACUUUGAGGAGAAUCUUGGGUCGAACUCGUUUGAAAAGAGAGCUUUCAAGGAGCAUUGCGGCCAGCUUUCGAAACUCUAAAAGCGUGUCAUGAUUAAUCACUUCUCGCAAGCUUUCAAGAAUAACGAAAGUAUAAAGACCACGAUGUAUAAUGCGAGCUUAUCUCGUCAGAUGGUCAUUUCUGUACUGUAAUUAAGAUGUCUAAAAUGUCGAAGUUGGUUGUCAGCUGUCAGUAACGUCUUAAAAUUUAAUUGAAAGUCUAAGUAUUUCGUUUUGAAGAAAAAACAAAGAAUUGAGAUUGUUAGAGGAUAAGACGUCGAAGACCCCUAAGCGAUCUGCAAUGCCCACUCGGAGUUGCCUAGUUCCUGGGCCUUAUUAUUCCGCGAGGCCUAUGCGUUUUGGGUCACGUGGACCGAGCAAGUUUUUACGACGCGCGGAGCACGACACACUGCUAACCAAGGCAAUGAAUCAAACAAUGAAGAAUGGUUAACAAUCUUAUGCUGUGCAGCUACGCUUAGAAAAACAUCAAACUCCGCCAUAGGUAAAAACAUUUGAAGCAUUGAUUUACUUUUUACGCGUUAUUCGUAACAUCGUAACAAACUAUGACGCUCAACGGAGACGAAUCAUCCUCACUUGCCUGUCCUUUCUCUAAUGCUCUUUCUUCUUUUUUCCAGUAACCGCUAAGAAAAUUGAGGAGGAAACAAUGAUGAUCCCAUCAAGUAAAGCUUUUGGAUUAUACUUUCUCCCUAUCCGAAUCUUAAAACUUACUAGCGAGUCAUAUUUAGUUAUCCUCUAUCAUUCAUAAUAAACAAUUCAGUUGAAAUCGCCAUCUAUCCUUCCAAACUAAAGCAUGCCAAAGUGAUACUUGUUUUCAAAAGUGGUGAUGAGACCUUCCUUCCAAGCCAAGAAUAUCGCUCCUUUCCGUUUUUAACCGAAUUUUCGAAAAACUCAUGUAUAAUCGUCAAAAUUAAAAGCCUAUCUGGAUAAGCACCGCGUAUUUUGUAAAUCUUAGUAUGGUUUCCGUGAUACAACAGGCCAUUCUAGACAUAAUAUGCCAAAUACAAACAAAUAUGGAUCCCAAUUUUUCUCGUGCGGUAUUUUAUAGAUCUACGAAAGGCAUUCGAUACGGUCAAUCACUCUAUAUUACUAGAAAAACUGAAGCACUACUGUAUUCGAGGCAUUAUCAAUGAGUGGUUUUCGUCAUAUCUGACAGGCCGUGCACAGAUAACUCAGGCUGGGCUUGAAAUACGGACAAGGCAGUCUCGUUAUCGGGUGUCCCUCAGGGUUCGGUUCUAGGACCAUUACGUUUAGCUACGUUUCGUACUAUAUGUUAACGAUAUGCAAAAUUGCUCCGAUAAAGUUCUACCUUUUCGCUGAUGACACAAAUCUGCUGUACGCUGACCGAAAUUUAAAAUCUCUCGAGACAGUCGUUAACUGUGAACUUCUAAGCGUAUAUAACUGGUUAAUUGCAAACAAAUUAUCGCUAAACAUUGAAAAAUGUAACUUUUUCAUAUUUUUAACCGUUAUCAUAAAAGGCCAAACUACCAACUAAAUCUAAAACUUUUCGACCAUUAUUCAUUCACUGAUUCAUUCCUCUGGAACGCAAAAACUUAGACUAGUCUACGUAAAGUACUUGGGAGUGCUCAUCAGUUGUCAAUGAAAACAAUUUGACUUGGAAGCAAUAUAUUAAUCAAUAUAUUAACUUGGAAGCAAUAUAUUAAUCUUAAAACGGUUGGCAUAGUUGCUAGACUCAAUCAGACACUUCGUAUCAUUGAAUACCCUCCAGAGUCCAAACUAUUUAUAAAGCUCUACUUUCCUCUUGUAUUAGUCGUCUGGGGACAAGCGGCCAAGACUCAUGCUAACAGCAACUAUUUUUGCUGCAAAGGCGUGCCCUUCGUGUGAUUUACUUUGGCCAUUAUACAGCUCACGCGAUUCCAUUUUUUUGCGUCCUCUAAGCAUGCUCUAUUUUAAAUCAGUUGCUAUUCUGAUGCAAGGUAUCACAAACAAUUUAGCACCACAUAAUAUUUUACGUGGCUUAUUCAACACUACUCGGAUCAAGUACGUGUUUAUAACUACGCUAGAUCUUCGUCAAGAGGUGAUUACGAAAUUAAAUUUUCAAGACUGGAUAAACAAGGCAAUCAUUUUCAAGAUUGGGGGCCACAAUAUGGAAUUGCAUACCUCCGAAUACUGGAAAAAUCCCAAAGCACACCUUUAAAAAGAAAAUACAUGAUUGUUUACCUCAAAUCAGUCCUUUCCCAGACAGACGACUAUCCUGAUCUACCUACCCUUAGUUAUUAGGACAAAAGCAACGAACUCUAAAUCGUCCUUAUCCGCACUCAUUCAUUAUCUUUGCAAUAUCAUUUUAAAAGUAUACUUUAAGUUUCUGAUUCAUUUUCUGUAUUCCCUUUAACCUCAGCAUUGUUUUUAACGUAACGUUCCUUUUGCUCUUUAGAAUUUGUACAAUUUAUAUCAAAUACCUUUCUUGACUUGUCAAUUGAAUACAAUUUGGAGUGCGUAUUUUGUUUUAUAUACUAGACACUGCCCACCUAGACUAGCCUUUGCUAUUUGUAUGACAGUGAGAAAAUAAAAUUGUAAAUCUGAAUUAUCCAAUUAAAAAAAAAUGAAAUGAAAUGAAAACUCACAGAGCAAGAAGCGAUCUAUACACAUAAUAAGGGUAGAACUCCGCGAACACGGGCAAUAAAGACAGCGUAACAAAACUUGUCGAAACUGGGAAUUAACUUGAGGCCCUCAUGGUGGUCAUUUUCGUCCUUACAAGGCCAAAAAAGAGGGGUUCUAGGGACGACUGAUGGGAAUGAUCUGUUGGUCAAGAAGACCCACCUUGCGCAAGCCCAAUUCCACAGGGAACCUACCUAACUAAUUGUUACUCAUCUGGGCCGCAAUAAAAUGAAGUCGCUUGGAGUUUUUAAACGGAGCUCAUUCACUACCUUCUGUGCCAUUUUAUUGCAAAGUAAAAAUUAUCUUUAACCUCAAGUUACUACCUUACUCAUACAUUGGACGUCACUCGCUAUGGCAUUGACAAAGAGACGUUAACGUUCCGUCCGGCACGGCGCAUAUCUGAUUAAUUCAAAUCAACAUUUUGCAGUCAGCUCCCUUUACAACGGACAAUGUAGGGACCUUGAGUUAGUGUCCUCAUUAGCGAGAACCCGCGGUAAUAGCGGGAGUUUACUCAGUCAAACUGUUAUGUUUGCCAGGGAUUUAGCUGCUCUCCGUAUUAUCGCGGUGUCCGUUAAAGUGGAGUGCCUGCAACGCGAGUGUUGACUGUACUAAAUGAGGCUGAGUAGGAUGUGAAGAAAUAUGCAGAUCGAGGAGGAUGUUAUCGGCCGAGGCGGAUAACAUCCUCUAAGAUAUGCGUAAUUCUUCACAUCGUACGAAAGCCAAAUCCAAUAAUUGUUUGAUUAUUCAUUCGAAUUAUUUCUAAGUUUUGAACAAGAUUACCUCCUCGAAGACUUUCUGCAAACCUUUGGCAUGUUUCUCGGCACGGUUUCAAAAGCAGAUGUUUUUCCUUUCAACUCCUCAAAAAGUAGAUAAAAUCCACCAAGCGAUAUGUUUAGCGUAUUUUUGUGUUUGCAGAUUUAGUUAGAAAUCAGCUAUUUCGUCUUGAGAUAGCCGUGAACACCAUUUGUUUUCGCUCACUCAUGAAUUAACAACUUAGCGGCUUGGCGAUGGUCUUUUGCCCUACCAGCCUCGUUUCCAAUGAAAUAUACCAUCAAUCAACCUCGUUGCCAAUCAAACAUACCAAUGAAUCGAUGGUAUAUUGCUCACAUCUUCCAAAUAUGGUAAGCUCCUGUUGUUCGUGAAGGAUAAACCGAAGAAUUGGAGCCAAUCAGAAACGGCGAAAUAUUUCGAAUCAAUAAUAAAAAUUGUUAUCGUCGACGUUGUUGGAAAUUGUGACAAACUUGAGUUGUGGACCUCGGUUCCCUUAUCCUCUCUCUUUGGUUUUUAAUCUCAGGUACAAUUAUUGUUCAUUCAAAAUAUUUCUCUGUUUCUGAUCGGCUUUUUAAUCAGCUCAUUUUGACUAAUUUUGGAAGAUGUUUGCUGAUAUCAACACAAUUGCAUGACAUCAAUUGUACAUGUACGGCUGAUAAUCGACAAAAAAGCAUAGUGGAAAGCCCUAUUAGUAGCAGUCAGCUGUUUUGGUAAAACCGUAGCCUGUUUCAGGCGCCGAGAUAGUCGGGUCCGUGAAUAUGAGAAAUUAGGGACUUUUUAAGAUCCAACGACGCGGACGGCAACAAGAACGUCAAAAAAAAAAAACAAAAACAAAACAGAACAAAAUGUUUAAUAAGCAAAACAACAACUUUGCACGUGCGUCACGCUCUUUUGUACAUUUCUUCGCCCGUUUUCGCACGACUACGACGUGAAAAUGUCUAAUUUCGCGUUUUAUGGAGGACGUAAACAAGCAACGACAAAAUUUUGUUUCUGCUGCUGUACUUGGAUAUGGUCUCUAGGAAUUCAACUCCUGGAGGGUUCGCCUGCAUUUGACAAAGUAAGUGGAUAGGAACAAUUUCGAUAAAGACUGAAAGAACCCAAAUUCACUUUUUACGCGACGUUUUCGUUGCCGUCGCGUCUUUGGAUCUUAAAGUCCCUAUUGAGAAAGCGCCAACACGAAACUAAAACGGGAGGAAACUGGGGAGAGUAAGGGCCCUCCCUUCCUUUUUCCCUUCAUGCACCGCUCCCUUAUCCUAGGGCCAGAUCACGCACUCACAUCUUCGCGUGCCUUUCACUAACGCGUCAUCCCCACUAUCUGAGAGCCUGAAACAGGAUAGUAAAACCAGAGAAGAGAAGAUUUUAAUGCACUCGUUUUGCGACGAGGAAAAAGCCGAACUACUGCCAAAGAACAUAACAAGAACAGCUAAAAUGCAACUCGAAAAUUACUAACAUACAUCUGCUAGAGUAAACAUAUUAACUUUAUAUCCUGAUUUGCCAAGAAACAGGGAAACGAUAUGGGCCCGGUUCCUUGAAAGAUGGCUAAUUUUAACCCAGGAUUAAGUGUAAUAGGCGAAUUCGAAAUGGAUUUUAUCAGCAAUGAUGACAUAACUUCUGUUUUAUGCAAACAUGUAAUGUUGCUUUUUGUGACCACCUCCAGGUCUGAAAACGGGUGUGGAAAAUGAAUUUUUUUUGCCUGAAACUGAGGGUCAGUAUUUGGAGAACCGGGCGACACACCCCCAUCAAGAAUUCCCUGGAGUACCCCCCUGGGGGAGAAGCAAAGGAAUUUAUGUGUUUUGCUUCCCCUACCCAAAGCGACAUCACAGUUUCUUUAGCAUUCAUUUGUUGUAUAGUUUAUGGCACUGAUAUCCGCACCUCCUCCUGGCUCCAGUCUUCAAGUAAGCUGGUACCUGUUUUGUAAAAUUUUACUUACCGUUGGUUCUCUUUAAGUUCAACGACCGUGGUCAUGAUCUCUGAUGUGAGGGAAAAGAAGAUCUACACCAUACUUUCUUUGCUACUGUUGUUGUUGUUGUUUAUGCUUUAUUACAACUUUUUGUCACACAUUUACAUACAAAUUAUAAACAACAAAACAAAAAAAGAUACAAAAGUCACAAAACUAUCGUUAAUCUUAUACAUGAACAAAAGAGGAUAAACGACGAACAAAAGGCUUAAUGGGUGGGGAUCCCAGGUAAGUGAGGUAACAUGUGGCUGGUCACCCCAACUAUUAUGUAAAUGCCACCAAAUUAAAAUGAGAGAUUAUAUGGACGGGCGGGUUACCUCACCUAAGCAGGUUACCUCACCUACCUGAGGUGCCCCACCUCCAUGUAAACAGCCCCUAACAGAAGCAGUAUUCAUUAUAGCAAGAAAGGAAGGCUAAUACACACAAAGGAAUUAUCAGUGGUAUUAGGGUGAGUAGCGCCAAAAGAGCUAGAGAGUUGAAUUUUUUAGACGCCGUUGAGAAAAAUCCAUUAUUUAGAUCGAUAUUUGUUUGCUAUUUUCAAAAGUAUUGUCAGAAUUAUUGGGUAUAAAACAUUUUCGUUUGAACAUGACAUUUGGUCUCGUUCACAUCAGAGUAUAUGAUCAUUAAUGACAUCAAAAUCGUAGGUGAAUUAUUUCCCACUAAUGUGUUGGAUUGCUUUCCUUGCGGGCUAAUUAUUGACCCUAGGUUUUUGUCGUAAGAAAAAAAUUAAAAAAAGAUAGCCUGUCGCCUUUUAAUUGGAAAUUUGCAAUUGAAUAGAAAAAAAAAAUCGCUUAUACAAUAAUUAUCAUGACAGUGGCUGGAAGUGCCAUAAAACUGUUUACUCUGUGUGAAGUUUGCAUUUUUAUGACGAGUUUGCAUUUUAAGAAGCAUAAAAUAUGUAUGAUUAUGUUGUUUUGCUUCAGGCAAUAUCUUCCAAAUAACUACAAGCUUUGGCAAAUACCCAUAUAUAUUUUUACAUCAGUCUAAAUCGUGUCCAGCAUUUUAUGGGAUAUUAAUUUUAAGUUAGAGUGACCGUCUAGAUUUAUUUUGUUUCAAAUUACAGAACCUGCUGCUGGGUUUUGAUUGGUCAGAUGCGAUACGUUCCUAGAUUAUCAUUUGAUAAACGUCGAGUCGAGACUGGCAAAUUGAUGAUAACUCUUUGCCGUCUAAUUUUAUAAAGUCAUUGUGGUGAAAUCUGUGUCUUUUAGCAACUGGGAAGACCAGAUUAGCUUCAAAUUUUCCAAUACAGUAGCUUGUGAACAGCAUCAGAAUCCUAACAAACAAGACUGAAAUGAAUUCGAACCAAACAUUCGUCAGCUUUGCUGACUCACCAGAAUUUAUCACCCUGGCUUUGUUAAGUUGUUUUUCUGGCAUAAUGACCAUUGGAGGAAAUGCAGUUGUUUUAAUCGCCAUUUUCAGGACAAAAACCCUCCAUUCAAUUUCUAAUUUUUACAUUGCUUCGUUAGCUGCAGCGGAUUUGUUAGUUGGAGCUAUUCUUAACCCUAUCUUAGCAGUUAAAGGUGUGCUUAUCUAUCUCCAUCCCGAUCCUCAGUGGCUUAAAGCGGGAUCUGUGUUCGACAAGAUAGAAGAUUUCGCUUGGAUUCAAGCUGUUGUUGCCUCAACCUUUGGAUUAACAGCUAUAAGUGUUGAUCGUUACAUAGCUGUAAACUUCGGCUUACGAUACGAGCAGCUGUCAUCUUUAAAGCACUGCAUUAUCGCUAUCGCAACUGUGUGGGUAUCCUCUUUGAUCUUCGCUAGUGUUCGUCUUUUCCUGGGUAAUAAGCUAGAGCAUUUAUCCAUUCUCUGGGUCGUCACGGCCAUCAUAACUUGCAUCUUGCCGUUUGUGAUUAUAACUUUCUGUUACGUGAACAUUUUCAGAGCCGCCAGGCAGCAAGUUAGAAGGAUUCUGAACGAAACAUCACUUCCAUCAAACGCGCAGAACGCGUGGAGAAGAAGUAAACGUCUUCAAAUAAGCCACCAAAAAACAGCUUUAACCAUCGGUAUUGUUGUAUUUCUGUUUAUCGUUCUUUGGAUGCCAAGUCUUGUAACAUCAAUGAUCCAGCUUAUUUUGUCAAGUUCCCAAAAAGCAAAAGAUAAAGAAACUUUAUUAAUUAUAGAGCGAAAAAUAUGGUUGUUGGUUUGUUUAGUGGCUUAUGUAAGUUCCGCCUGCAAUCCUUGGGUUUACUCCAUCAGAUGUAGACAGUUUAGGGUUGCUUGCAAGCGAACUUUUAAAUGUUUU